UCAACAGAGCUUCAAUUUUUCAGAGGGAGAGAGACUCAAGAAACUCAAGAGAGAAAUGGCAGCUGCAAUUCAUUGCCUAUCAUCUUCGUGCUUAGCCCUUCCUUCCAAGUUCGGCAACCUUUCCCUGAAUGGCCUUUCCACUUCCUCCACCCAUUUCCCUUCUCUCACUUUCUCCGCUAACCUCUCUCACUUCUCCCAAGGGUAUUUGAGUGUGGGCCCAAGCCAGAGGUCGGUGCGUCGCUCUGUGGUCUGUGAGGCUGCUCCGACCAAGAAGCCUGACUCUGCUGAAAAGAGAGCUCGCCAGGCUGAGAAGAGGCGCAUUUACAACAAGUCCAGGAAGUCUGAGAUCAAAACUAGGAUGAAGAAGGUUUUGGAAGCUUUAGACGUGCUCAAGAAGAAUCCAGAUGCUCAGGCUGAAGAAGUUCUUUCAAUUGAGAAGCUUAUUGGCGAGGCCUACUCCAUCAUUGACAAAGCAGUGAAGGUUGGAACUUUGCACAGGAAUACUGGAGCACGCAGAAAGUCUCGAUUGGCCAGAAGAAAGAAGGCGAUAGAGAUCCAAAAAGGCUGGUAUACUCCGGCUGAUUCUGAAGUUACUGCCUGAAGAAACAAAGCCCCUUUAUUGGGUCGUAUUAUCUUGUUUCUGUUUACUGUUAAAUUUUCUUUGUAAUGUAAUUUGUCUUUCCUUUCAAUCUCUGUAUCCCUCCUUAUAUAUGGUACAAGUGUAGUCUUCUCUCUUUGGUGUCCAAAAUGUUGAUCAGCUAAA